GGCUGGGCUGCCGAGCACAUUCUUCGUGCCUGCUCGAACACGUGGCUCUCACACAGUGUCAGUUGUCAGCUGUGCGGUCGGAGUCGGGAAGGCUUUCUUUUUUUUUUUUUUUUUUAGUUGGGAACUUUCAAGCAAGUGAAGUGACUCAGUUAUAGCGCGGCACGAGGGAGGACGCCACCCAGCCCCGCCGCUGGGAUCCUGCGCGUGGAGCUUCUGCCCGCUUCUCCUCUGAGGACUCGGCAGCACAGCGAACAGCGACUUCUCUCUCGGGGAUUUUACUUGUUUCACCUUCACCCAUUUCCACUCAUUCACACACACGGGAUGGUUGUUGUUGUCGUCGUCGUUCGGACGCGGCUUUUUCCUCUUUAGGAUUAACAGCAGCGGAGGAGACAUGAAAGUGACGGUGUGUUUCGGGAGGACGCGCGUGGUCGUUCCGUGUGGAGAUGGGAACGUAAAAGUGCAAAGCCUUAUCGAACAAGCAGCCAUGAGGUAUAAAAAGGCCAUUGCAAAGGACCCCAGCUACUGGGUUCAGGUCCACAGACUGGAGCAUGGCGAUGGAGGCAUUUUGGACCUUGAUGAUAUGCUGUGUGACGUGGUAGAUGACAAGGAUAAGCUGGUUGCAGUGUACGAAGAGCAAGAUCCACACAAUGGAGGGGAUGGAACCAGCGCCAGCUCCACGGGAACGCACAGCCCAGAACCGUUUGCCAGCGAGAUAAAUUCGGCGUCAGCAUUCCAGCCCUACCAAGCUGCAAGCGAGAUCGAGGUCACAACAUCUGCUCUGCGAUCAAGCAUGUCGCUGAAUGUCCGUCGAGGCAGCGAUCCCUCGUUGGCUGACCUGCCUCCAGGUGAGGCUCUGGUUGGUCAAGACGAACCGUCAAGAAAGAACCCGACUCGCUGGUCCACAACUGCUGGUUUCCAGAAGUACAACAACAAGCCAAACCCUCGGGGCGCCUCAAGCACCCUGGAACAACAGGGCCGGGGUGCCCAAGCCUAUCGGAGUCUUCCUCGUGACGCGAGUGGCUGGAUUGCUCAGUUUCACAGAGACAUGCUUCGUUCUUCCCUUAGUGCCAACCACCCUAUGGUUGACCAGUGGCUUGAUCAGCAGGAACAGGAGGAGGAAGAAGCAGAGCAAAGAAAAAACGAAAGGAGGAUUGAGCGAAUCGAGCCUGUAGGGAGGGCCGACUCUUCACUGGACCGUUCACCUGUGUUAAGUCUUGAAAGCAUGCUCAAGCUGGUCGAAGUGUCCAAUGAAGGAGGACCCCUGGGGAUCCACGUAGUUUCUUUCAGUUCACAUGACGUUAGGACUCAGGGCUUGCUGGUGAAACGCUUGGAGCCUGGAGGAAAAGCUGAGCACGAGCGUCUCUUCCAGGAAAACGACUGCAUCGUCAGGAUUAAUCAGGGAGACAUUCGCAACCUGCGCUUCGAACAAGCUCAGAACAUUUUCAGGCAGGCGAUGGGUUGCCCGGUCAUUCUUUUCCAUGUGGUUCCUGCCUCCAUGAAGAGACAGUAUGAAAUGCUUUCGGUCCAGAACGAGCUCAGUUCACCCCAGUCAACGAGGGUCCGCUUUAGCCAAGACUCCCAGCAUCCAGGGGACCGGUCGAUUCUGGAUGCAGGGACGUCGUCCAGAUCUAGGCAACAAGAGGCCGUCCACCUCGAUCACCAAGGUCCUCUGGCAGGAAGCACCCCAGAACCAAGUCGGCGGUAUGCCACCUUACCCCAUGCCGUACCUCACCUCAUAAUCUCCAGGACCCCCUCAGCGCCUUCCCCCUCCCUGCAGCGCAGAAUAAGCACAACUCCGUCCAACAGCUCCUACCUAAAGAAAAAAGGACGCAGCUUCAACAUCCAGCUGAAGAAAGGUCCAGAGGGUCUUGGUUUCAGUAUCACCUCCAGAGACGUCCCUAUUGGAGGAAGUGCUCCCAUUUACAUCAAAAAUAUUCUCCCUCGAGGCGCUGCCAUCCAAGAUGGACGACUGAAAGCUGGAGACCGGCUGUUGGAGGUUAGUGGAGUAGACCUGAAUGGAAAGAGCCAGGAGGAAGUGGUAGCCCUGCUUCGAGCCACACCCAUGGACGGGACGGUGAACCUGUUGGUGCUUCGUCAGGAGGACCUACUUCUGCCACGAGAAGUGAAACAGGACAAUGACACGGUGCUAACCCCGGACGGAACACGAGAGUUUCUGACGUUUGAGGUCCCUCUGAAUGACUCGGGCUCCGCUGGCUUGGGGGUCAGCGUUAAGGGGAACCGCUCCAAGGAGAACCAUGCUGAUCUGGGCAUCUUUGUGAAAUCCAUAAUUCAUGGAGGUGCUGCUAGCAAGGACGGACGUCUUCGAGUCAAUGACCAACUCAUUGCAGUCAAUGGGGAGUCGCUGCUCAGGAUGACCAAUCAGGAUGCCAUGGAGGCGCUUCGGAAGUCCAUGUCAGUAGAGGGCAACAAACGUGGGAUGAUUCAGCUCAUCGUAGCCCGGCGGUUGAUUAAGGACAGCGAGGACGGUUCUGGAAUGUCGGAGCUUCCUGUGCAUGCGCCUUUGGACGACGAUGAAGAUCAACUCUCUCAGUCACUCUACGAAACGAUUGACUGCCCGGACAACAUGCCUGCAUCACGCGCAAGCAUGCAUGCACACAACGGCCUCUACCAGCUCUCUCCAACUGUGAACAUGCCACAAGACGACACGGUGAUGAUUGAGGACGAUAGGCCGCCCCUGCUUCCAGCCAACCUGUCUGACCAGUCGUCCUCCAGUUCCCACGACGACAUGGGCUUUGUGGGAGAAAACCCGGUUGCCUGGAUACGUGAGAUGCCCAAUCAUAAUGAAUGCUCUCUGAGUCCGGACGCAAAACCCGAUGUUUCCUUCCAGAGGGAGGGCUUCGCCCGCCAGAGUAUGUCAGAGAAGCGCACCAAGCAGUACGACAGCCCGGCUCAUCUGGACAUCAUCAAGAACCGCAAGUCCAAAAGCAUGGAUCUUGGUUUUGAAGAGCGACAUGUCGGCUCUUCCCCGCAUCUAAAAAAGUCCACCUCCAUGGAGAGUCUACAGAAAGAUGCCGCCGACGUCAUCGUGGGCGACGAGCUCAGCGUCCAGAGGAUUCAUCCACGCAUCAUCAGGGGGCGAGGCUGCAACGAGAGCUUCCGGGCGGCAAUCGACAAGUCAUAUGUGAAACCUGGUUUCAUACCAAGGGAAGAAAACAGCGUGGAGACAUUGGAUGAAGACACAGAGGAGAGCUACCGGUCAGGCCUUGAGUCGAUGUCCACGAGCGGCGACCUCAGUCUAGGCGGCGGGCUGGUUGAUGACAAACAGAAGGACGGUGCCCUGGGCGGGCCGAAGGAAACCAAGAGCGUGGACAAGGAGAAAGACAAGGACAAGAACAAACCAAAGAAGGGUGUGCUGAAGGGCCUGGGUGAGAUGUUCAGGUUUGGAAAGGGCAAGAAGGACGAGGACAAGGUGGAGAGAAAGAGCUCAAGAAGAUCGAAAGCUGAAGAUAUGCAAGCAUAUGAAGAUGAAACCAUCCAAAUGAAGCAGGAACAGGAAAGAAUCCAGGCCAAAAUGCGGGAAAUUCGGGAGCGGCAGGUGAAGGAGCGGGAAUACGCCGAGAUCCAAGACGUUGUCAGCCGCACCUUCAGCUCAGACGAGGAGCACACCUACGCCGGCAUCGGGUCGCUGGGCUCGUCUCAAGACAGCGGCAGCGCCGACCCCUACGGCCACCACUACCACCUCCCUCAGAGCCCGCAGAGCCCUCGAUCCCCCGUCAACCCACAGCGCAACGGACCGCCUCUGGAGGCGCUGUACGCCCAGGUCAACAAGCACCGCAACGGCCGACCAGCGGCUCCCGACAGCAGUCAGAUGGCUCCCAGCAACCAUGACCGGAUACAGAGGCUGAGGCACGAGUUCCAGCAGGCCAGGCAGGGGGAGGAGCCAGAGGGACAUCAGAGCUCCUACAGCUUCGACCAGUCCUGGGUGAGCAACGGGACCGAGACGCCGAGCGGACGCCACUCUGCCACAGCCGAGACUCAGCAGCAGCAGCAGCAGCAGCAGCAAGAAGACGGUGACGGUUUCCAACAGGCGCCGAGGCAGUACAACUCUCUGCCACGGCAACCUCGAAAGAACCCCAGCAUGGCGUCCCAGGAUUCCUGGGAGCGGUCCUACCCACCGUCCGAGGGAUUCCAGACGCCCAAAGAGAACGCCCGGCUCUCCACGGGUCCGGGCCCUCGCGACGGCUUCACGGGGAAACCCAGCCUGAACGCCCGGGUCCUGCUGGAGACCCAGGAGCUGCUGAGGCAGGAGCAAAGGCGGAGAGAACAGGAGGCCAGCAAAACCCGAGCAGCUCUCGCGCAGGAAGCCGCUAACAGCAGCAGCGGCUCCGGCGCCAGCGUCUACCACCACAGCCAGGCCUCAGCCCCAGGCCACGCCCCAAACCACACCCCAAACCACACCCACACCUCACAGCGGUCCAAAGGCCCCUACAGGCAGGAUGUUCCUCCAUCACCCACACAGCUGGCCAAACUGGGCCACCGUCAGGGCUCAGAGAAGGGACGGUUUUUAUAUUCCCGAGGGCAGGAGGGAACGGGAAGAGAUCCGAACAAGCAUUUACACAGCAUGAACGCAAACUAGGCAACGAGUCUGCUUUUAUAUACUUAGGUAAAAAAAAAAAAAAAAAAUGUAUUGAUCGGUUAUAAAUUUGUAAUAUUUUAAAGACAGAUUUUUUUUUAAUAAUAUAAAAUUCAUAGUUGUUUUUUUUUUAGCUGUAACAAAAGGAAAUCAGAGAGGUUUUUAACUGUUUCAUAUAUUUUGUAUAAAGUGCCUUUCUUCUCUUUAUCACCCAUCCAGCCAUCAUAUAAGGUCAAACACAGAUGUUUUGUACCCUCUGCACUGCAAAAACACUCAAUCUUACCAGGUAUUUUCUCUUUUUUGUAUAAUUUCUAGAUAAGACAAAACUAACUUAGAAGUAACUUUUCAGCUACAUAUAGGAACUUGUUUUAGUUCAAUAACUCUUGAAUGACAAAUUAUAAAACUUCUCGAUAGAAGUGAAAUAAUCUGCCAGUGGAAUUCUGCCUGUCACUGAGAUAAGUUUUUCUGGGCGAUAAAUUGUCCUAGGAGUUAUCGCGAUAAACAAUAAUAUUGCUGUUUUGAUACCAUUUUCUCAAAGAUCAAUGAACUUUACAUUCUAAUGAACUAUUAACAUUGGAACUGGAAUAUGUUUUAAAUAUCCAAAAUAAUAACUAUAGUAAUAAUAAUAAAAAAAAGAAACAAAUAAAGUGAGCAAAAUUGUCCUUCAAAAUAUCAAUUAGUGGAGACCAAAGCAGCAGACUGAAGACUUUGGUGAUUCAGUUUUUGGUUAAAAAGAAAAGAGAGAAAAUGGAACAAUGAUAAAUCAUGCAGAUGGAAAUUAUCAAGUUUGUUUUAAUUCACAAUGUGAUAUAAAACUUUGUUGCUUUAUUGUGACAGGCCUCACUAGAACUUGCACUUUCAUUUGUCUGUAGUGUCCAAACGUUUUGCUCUGGGAGCCAAAAGUUGCAAAUUUUAACUCGUAUUUCAUUUCAUUAAUAUUAAAUAUGACAAAAAUUGUUUAUUGUGAUUUUUUUUUCUUUUUUUUGUUAUUCUUGCUUGAUAAAAUCUUUUUUUGUGAACUCUACAAAUCCAUUCAGAUCAAAAAUACAAACAAAAAAUUCUUUUCGUUGCCUUUUUCAAAGCAAGACUGACAAUUUCCAAAUUUCGGGGGUCAUCAGGCCACACUUUGGACGCUUCCUACAUCCUGAUGAAAAGUUACUCGUAACCCAGUUUUGUCUUCAAGCGUAUUAAGAUAUUUGCUCUAAAGUGAACCAAAAAUACUUCAGAUGUGAUGACAUCAUGGAUCUCUGUUGGUUUAACCAGGUUUAUUGUUGCUCUUCAUGUCUGCUUGUGUGAUUAGUGCAGGCAGGAACCGACAUGCAGACACACACAGGACUGGAGGUUUAAGGAGCUUGGGCCAACUGUGAAGUCAAAGCUUGGAUUUCGGGCACACACACACACCCCUACAUGCCCACACACACACGCCCUCCUCCUAUAUUCACUAUGAUAAUCCUGAGUUCUCUCUUCCUCUCGGCUGGCUGCUUUAUCUCGGCGUUCUCUCCUCACGCCGUCGCCCUCAUCCCUCCGCUCCCUCAGUCGAAGAAGAAAACAGCUUUAGAUCUCCUUUUAUUCUCGCUCUGCUCCACUCACCCAGGGACAACCGGCAGAACAAAACGGGGUCAGCGUCGGGUUAUUAAUUAAUGCGUCGAGUCAAAAAUGAACGCGGCCCUUUGUGUGUGUUUGCUGUCAUGUGUGGAGGCGGGCGGGGCGGGGAGGGUGACGCCGCCGCCUCUGGCUUCACCUAGUAGUGACUCGGUUGUAACCAGAGCUGUUUCUCAAUGAAUAUUUCAUCGCCAUGGGAGACCGGCACGUCGGCUGUGCAGUUGGUGCCUCUCUGUACAAUGGAGCUGAUUUUUGUUUUCCCUCUUGAUUGUGGCCAUUCAUAAG